CUCGAAAAUAAAAAUGGCGGCUCUUUGAUGAUGAUAAUAAGAAUGUUGUUAGUCAUACAAAAGUGUUUAUUAAAUGACUAUCAGCUGGAUGCGUAUCAAAAAAGAAAAAGUGCUUUUGUGACAGUUAUCAGACUCUUCUUUUAAUUAGAAAAAAUCCACCAAGAAAACAAUUAAUAAUGUGGUUUUUUUCUAGUUCGCCUUUCGACUCUGACGUCGAAAAGGCAACAAAUGAAAAAAACACGACAGAAAACUGGGCACUUAUUAUGGAUAUUUGUGAUAAAGUAGGUAAUUCACCUAUAAACGCCAAGGACUGUUUAAAAUCAAUUGUGAAGAGACUGAACCAUGAGGAUCCACACGUUGUUUUAUAUGCCAUAACAUUAUUGGACGCCUGUUCGAAUAAUUGUGGUAAAGUAUUUCAUUUAGAAAUUGCGUCGCGUGACUUUGAGAAUGAAUUAAAAAAAUUGUUAUCCAAAUUUCAACCAAAGCCUUGCGAGAAAUUGAAAGCAUUACUCAAAAAAUGGGCGGAAGGUGAUUUCAAAACGGAUCCACAAUUAAAUUUAAUACCCAGUUUUUACAAUAAAUUGUUAAGCGAAGGAGUCGUUUUUCCAACUAUCUUAGAAACGCCUAAACAUUCCACAGUCCUUAGUAAAGAUCCAAAUGUAGUUUCAAAUUCUCAGGAAGAAGAGGAUAUUGCAAGAGCAAUCGAACUGUCCUUGAAGGAAAAUAAACAGUAUCAAUCAACAUCGCAUAGUUCGCCGGCAACAAAAAAAUCUCCCAGUUUGUAUCCUAAUGUAAGUUCAGUAAUGGCAUCGACAACAAAUAACGAAGGAAGAAAAGUGCGUGCACUUUACGAUUUCGAGGCAGCUGAAGACAACGAAUUGACAUUUAUGGCUGGAGAAAUAAUUCAUAUUCUCGAUGAUUCCGAUCAAAAUUGGUGGAAAGGAAGCAAUCAUCGUGGAGAGGGUCUUUUUCCUUCGAAUUUUGUCACUGCAGAUCUUUCCGCACAACCGGAAACAACAAAGGUCGAGAGUGGGAAAAAAUUGGUGCAAUUUUCUGAUGAAGUGGAAGUCAAAACGGUAAAGAGGGAACCGGAAGUACUAGAAGUGGAAAUAAAUGAGCAAAAAAUUGAUAGACUUAUGCAUUUAUUGCACGAAGCGGAUCCACAGUCUGAUAGUACAGAUCCUCCGGAAAUGCUCGACUUGGAAGAACAAGUUUCGGCAAUGGGUCCAUUGAUCGACACGGCUCUUGAAAAAACGGAUCGUCAACACGCAACAUUAACACAAUUGAGUUCAGAUUUAGUGGAUGCACUUAAUUUGUACCAUUCGUUAAUGAGGGAACCAAAUCCAGCAGUGCCGGCUAAUUAUAUUCUCUCGAAAAUGCCACCAACUAACAUGAAUGCUUUUCAAUUUCCAAAUCAAGGACCUCCACCUCCAGCACCUCCAAACCACAUGUUUAAUGGCAUGCCACCACCGCCACAAGGUGUUUUUAAUCCACCGCCAAUGGGCAAUCCUAUGCAUAUGCAUGCAAAUAUUCCGAGGGCAGAAUUUAUGAGACCAGCUAAUAUGCCGAUGAUGGCGAUGCCUCAAAAUUUCCCCAUGAUACCUGGAAAUCAUCCCCGUCCACCUCCGGUACCUGAACAAACCAGUGUCCCUUAUCAACCUCAGGGAUAUCCAACUCAGCCGCAACCUGGUCCAGUACCUGGCCCUGUACACGGUCCAGUUCACGGCCCAUUUAAUCCACAAGGACCGCCUGGUCUACCAGCGAAUCAACAAUCACAAUUCGCUCCUAAUGGUCAACACAGAAUGUAAAAUUAUUCCGCGUUUCAGAUAUUAAAUUAAUCGUGUAUUCAAAGAAAAGCAAAAACAGGAAAAACAAGGAAGAAAGUUGUAUAAUAAUUGCUUUAUUCUAUAGCUAUUUAAAUAAACUUGCAGAAGACAGCCAAAGACUUGACUUUUUAAAGGAAGAAUUUGGUUUUUAAAAAUUCAUAAAAGAAAAAUUAACAUUCAAUUUUUACAUAUUUAUGACAACAAAUUUGUCAAAAAUACAAAACACGAAUUAUUUCUGGUGGAAAUCAUUGACAUUUUGUCUCUCGCUGAAGGCAAUGUAAUUAUAUAAGUACAUAAACAUGUAUAUUUUGAAUCACAUAAUUUUUCAAUCAUUGAAAAUAAUAAUUAUUAAUAAUCCCCUUUUUCAGUUAAAAUUAUUUCUGCUAUUUUUCUGCAGGUUCCUAUUUAUAUUUUUCAUUUUGUUUUCUUUAAAAAAAAAUUAGUUUUUUUGAAUUAAUUCUUUUUUAAUUAAAAAAAAAUUAUUUUAAUUAGAUUUGAAUUAGCUUUUACAUAAUUUAUAUUCUUUAUAGUUAUAGUAUCAAAACGUGCAAUUAAAAUAUUUUACGUGUGCAAAAAAAAAUUAUCGAAACGAAUUUUUUUUUGUAAUUUAAGGCGACCUUCUGAAAGUUUUGAAAAAUUGUACGAAUUGACGAAUUUUGAUUAAAGAGCAAAAGUAAAAUAAGUAGAGAAAAAAGAAGUAAAGAUAGAAGGGGGAAGAAUAAAAUGAAAAAAUGAAAGAAAGAAAAGAAAUAAAAACAGCACUGACGAAAAAUUUUUAAGUGAACUAAUAGCUUUUUCUAGUUUUUUACCGAGAGCUCUCUUCGAUACUGAAAUCGAAUACAGAAACUGAUUCUCGAGAUAUUACUUGCAUAUUAUUAUUAUAUAUAAUUAUAAUAUUAAUAUUAACAAUAAUAAUAAUAGUAAUAAUAAUCGUAAUAAGAAUUUUAACAGUAAUGAUAAAAAAUUAAAAAUAAUAUUAGACGAAUCUUCUAGAGGGAAUAAGUUCUAUAAUAAUAUUUUGGGAGUUAGGCCGACAAUUUGCAUGUUUUUUUCCGAAACGAUACAGUUUCAAUCUAUUGUAAAUAAAAAUCUGUCGGCGAUAAGAAAACUGGAGGAGGAAUUAAAGAAAAAUACAAAUUUUGCAAAUAA